AUGCAACAACUCUGGCGUAUAAUUGCCCCCGGUCGCAGAGAGGUGACGGGCUCUCUCGGCGAACUUAUGGAAGCUUUAGUUUCCGGGAGUGCUGCAAACAUCGUACCUCUCCUCGCAGUUCCGCUCGAUACACACAGACAUGAAAAUCUACAGGUAGACCCAGGCGAGAACAUCGAAGACGAAGAAGAGGAAGAAUGCACAAAGCGACCACGAACCAAUAACCUCCCUAAAAGCCAUUGGGACAAGGCUGCUCGAAUUGAUCAACAUGAUUCUAAGGAUAUCUGUGGUCCGGAUAGGAAGACAAAACCGAACUCGCUUUAUGCACUCCCAUCGAAGGUCCACAAUCUCAUCUUCGAUAGUCUGGACGAAAUCGAGGAUGUCUUGUCUCUGAGCCUGGUCAACCGUUAUUUCUGGGCUGUAGGCUUGACGCAUAUUGAGGACCGUAUCGUGUCUUUUUUGGCGCCUUGGGCUGGGGAGCGGAUCAUCUGCGUAAGCGACGAUAGUGAUCCAAGUGACUUUCCACCGGGGUUGUUGAGUGCGGAUGAACAGGCAGAUUUAGCGCAGUUGAUUCGUGUGCACCACAUUGAUACGUUCACCAUUGAUAACAAAUGGAAGAAAACUGGCUCACAAUCGUUAUCGCAGAGGCUUGAGAAUCAGUUCAAGAGGUGGGAGGCUGAACAUCCCAUGUCUGAGGCCGAUCGGACUGAGAUUCUAAUGGGUCUCAAGCCUGAGAUGUUGGAGUUUUAUCCGCGUGAUCAGCCAUGGAUUCUGCGUAAUCUGACAACGAAGGAAUAUGUUCGUAGUGAGGUCAUUGCUCUCAAGGAGUCUUUCAUUCAUGGACCUCAGAUCGACGUUCUGGGGUUCUCAGAGGUUCUGAUCUCGCGCAUUUCAUGGUCCAGUCGGCCUAUUGAUGUUGGACAUGGUUUGAAUCUGUCUCAUGGGAAGUGGGCUGGGCAUCGGUUCGACAUUGUUCCUCUAUCUUGUGUUCCAAAAAGUGCUAGUCAAGGUUGGACUGAUGUGAGCAAUGAAAUUCUGAGGGAGAUGGACUUGAUUUUUACUAGCCAGAAGGGAGAUGACUGGCGUGAUAAUCUGUCGCGGCGAAAUCAAAAGCUCGCGCCAUCUGUCGCUCUUGGAUACUCCUGA